UUCUUUUACAUUUCCUUCUUUCGAAGUUCAUUAAAGGUCUGUUCGAAUAUGCUUAUAUCUACUCUUCUUGCGGCCAACUAGAGAAAUGUGUGAUCUUAGGAAUGUUGGGUUCCAGACUAUUUCCAUUUUCACUUUCUAAUCUCUGCUUCUAGCCUUGCUGUAAGGGAAAUGCAAUUGAAACAUCUAACUUCCGUUUCACCAGCUCUGGAAGCUCAAUCUAGUGUACUAGCAGUGGCAUGGUCACCGAACAAUCUGAAACUAGCCAUUUGCAAUAAUGAUCGCAUCAUUUACCUCUAUGAUGACAAAGGUGAAAAGAAGGACAAAUUUCCAACUAAAGCUGCUAGUUCUAAGAAUGGGCGAAAGAGUUAUACAAUCAAAGGACUGGCAUUUUCGCCGGAUUCUACAAAGCUUGCAGUCGCUCAAUCUGACAGCAUUAUUUAUGUCUAUAAACUUGGAGAGGAUUGGUCCGACAAAAAAGUCAUUUGUAACAAGUUCUUGCAACAGAGUCCAGUAAUGAGUCUUUUAUGGCUAUCCGAAGGUCCUAUUAUUUACGGCCUGCUUGACGGAAAAGUGAAGGCUGCGCACAUCAAGGCAAAUAAAUUGCAAUCUCUUUAUGCAACAACAUCUUGCAUCGUGUCACUGGCUUCUAAUUUACGCGGAACUGGAUUUCUCUCCGGUCAUGCAGAUGGUAGUAUUGUAAGGUACUACAUCUCGGAUGAUUCAAGCAUGGAAGCUCAGGGGCGGAUCCUUAUUCAUCGUGUGGCACCUUACGUAUUAACAUGGCCUCUUGGUGGAUGGAUUCUGGCAGGCGGAUCUGAUCAUAGCAUUUGUGUCUUUAAUGGAAACAAUGGCCAGUUGGAGAAAACUUUCGAUUACUCAUCCCCUCAGUUAAACGAAAAAGACUUUUCUGUAGCAUGCUGUAGCCCUAGUGGUCAAGCUGUCAUUGUUGGGGGAUUCAACAGAAUAUACAUGUUUGUCUGGUCUCCAAAUAAAAAUGUAUGGGAAGAAAAACAAGUAAAAGAAAUUCCAAAUCUCUACAGUGUAACAGCACUUGCAUGGAAGAGAGAUGGAUCCAGGGUUGCAUGUGGAAGUGUUUGCGGGGCUGUUGAUAUCUUUGAGUCAGUUUUGAAAAAAAUGGUUUGGAAAAACAAAUUUGAGAUGACCUAUGUUGGUCUUAGCCAAGUAUUAGUGAAACCGAUAAACCAGGAUGCUCGAGGAGUAAUUUUGAAGUCUCAGUAUGGCUAUGAAAUCGAUGAUGUACGUAUAGUUGGAGGUGACAGGUAUUUGGUAGCACGCACUCCUGAAACGCUGUUACUAGGUGAUCUAGAGCGUAAUCUCUUGAGUGAAGUACGCUGGCCAGAUUCAGACCGGAGAGAACGUUUUUACUUUGACUAUUCAAAUGUGUGUCUAGUAUUUAAUGGUGGUGAAUUGAGUCUCAUUGAGUAUGGCAACAAUGAAAUCCUCAGCUCUGUGAGGACUGAGUUUGUGAACCCGAAGUUGGUGAGUGUGAGACUUGAUGAGCGGAAGCAGUUGAACUCAUCUGAUGCAAAUAAGAAACUGGCGUACUUGCUUGAUUUAAAAACGAUUAGUGUGGUUGAUCUUGUCUUUGGUGUAACAAUAUUUCAGUUUUCUCAUGACUCAAAAAUUGAAUGGUUAGAACUGAAUGAGACCGGGCAUAAACUAUUGUUUCGGGAUAAGAAAAUGAAAUUGAUCCUUCUAGAUACACGUUCUGGAGAGAAGCACACGUUGCUACACUAUUCAACUUUUAUCCAGUGGGUACCAGGAAGUGACGUUGUAGUUGCACAAUCGAGAGACAAUGGAUGUGUCUGGUACAACAUUGAUACUCCCGACAGAAUCAGCAUCUUUCCGGUCAAAGGAGAAAUCACUGGUGUUGUUCGCGAUAGUGGAAAAAUCGAGAUAAUUUCUCAAGAUGGAAAUCAACAAAGGAGCUAUGAGCUGGAUAAAGGACUUGUGGAGUUUGGAACAGCUGUUCAUGACAGUGAUUUUGGACGAGCAAUCCUGUUUUUGGAAGAGUUUUCUCAUAAUAACUGGAAUUCCAAACGCUUGGAAGCAGAAGGCAUGUGGCAGAACUUAGCAGAGAUUGCACUCCAGUUACACAACUUGCGUGUUGCUCAGCGUUGUUAUGCGGCCCUUGGAGACAUUGCCAGAACGCAUUUCUUACGAGUUACCCUGGAAAUUGCAGAUGACUAUGCUCAAAAGAAUGGUGGUGAUGGUAUGGAUUGCUUGGAGGUUUGGGCUCGCAUUGCAAUUCUCAACAAGCAGUACAAAACUGCAGAAACCAUUUAUCUUGAGCAGAAUCAGCUCGACAAAGCUAUCAAAAUGCACCAGCGUCUUCACAAGUGGGACAAUGCGGUAAAUCUAGCCACCCAAAAAGGGUCUCAAGAACUAGCAACGCGCUUAAAGUCAAACUACCUUGAGUGGCUCAUGGAGACGAGGCAGGAAGGAAAAGCUGCCGAACUCAAAGAACGUGAUGGUGAUAUCAAAACAGCUCUUGGCCUCUAUCUUAAAGCUGGUCUCUCUCUGAAAGCGCUUAGAGUGAUACAGAACAAUCCAACUCUGUUUGAAAAUGAAGAGCUGAUGAAGCGUGUGCUGUCAAGCCUGUUGAAGCACAAGUACUUCCAACAAGCAGGACUUUUCUAUGAAGCACUGCACAAAACCGACAAGGCCCUUGAAUGCUAUCGUCAAGGUCGAGUCUUCCACAAAGCUGUUGAGCUUGCCAAAACCAUUGCCCCAAGAGAUGUUGUAGUUUUGGAGGAACAGUGGGGUGAUGAUCUUGUUUCUAACAGACAGUUUGAUGCUGCAAUAAAUCAUUACAUUGAAGCUGGAAAAACAUUGAAAGCUUUGGAUGUGGCCAUCCAAGACAAGCAGUGGAAGAAAGCUGUUGAGAUUAUUCAGGUUUUCACAGACAAAAGCUCUGUCCAAAAACAAUACGCAUUGCUUGCAAAUCAUUUUGUAGCGAUGAAAGAUUACAGUCAAGCUGAGGAAUUUUUCAGCCAAGCCAAUAUGUACCAACAAGCAAUAGAUAUGUAUGUGCAGAUCAGAAAGUGGGACAAAGCAUACAAGUUGGGUGCUGAGCAUUUGGGUAAGAGUGAAACGUGCAAAUUUUUGACAGCAGAGGGAAAACGGCUGGAGGAAAUGAAGGAACUUGAGGAAGCAGAACUGGUGUAUCUAUCGAUUGAAAAACCAGAUCUUGCCAUAACUAUGUACAAGAACUACAAAGAUUAUGAUAAGAUGCUGCAUCUGGUCUCUCAGUAUCAUCCAGAGCUUUUGGCUACAACACAAAUUCACCUGGCACAAGAAUGUGCUGAGGAGGGCAACUAUACUGCAGCUGAACGCUAUUAUACUUCAGUGAAUGAAUGGAAACUGGCUGUGAAAAUGUACCGACUUGUCAAUAUGUGGGAGGAUGCAUAUAGGGUGGCCAAAACAAUGGGUGGCGAUGAGGCUGGAGAACAGGUGGCAUUCCUUUGGGCAAAGUCGCUGGGUGGUGAGUCAGCCGUACGGCUGCUUAAUAAACUCAACAUUUUGGAUGCUUGCAUUGAUCACGCAUGUGACAGUUACCAAUUUGAUUUCGCCCUGGAUGUAGCAAACAUUGGAGCUAAAAACAAAUUGCCAGACAUUCAUUACAAAUUAGCCAUGGCCCUUGAAGAUGAUGGCAAGUUCAGCGAAGCAGAGGUCCAAUUUUUCAAGGCUAAUAAGCCCAAAGAAGCUGUUCUCAUGUAUGUUCACAAUCAAGACUGGACGAAUGCAGAACGAGUCGCAGAAAAGUGUGAUGAUAGCGCAAUGGAAGAGGUAUUGGUAGCUCAAGCUAAACAGGAGUUUGAAAAAAAGAACUAUCAGAAUUUUCAAACGCUCUUGCUCCGAGCUCGCAAACCUGAAAUAGUCAUCAAACAGUAUCAGGAAUGUGGGAUGUGGACUGAAGCUUUGCAAAUUUGUGCGGACUAUUUGCCGAACAUGUUGCCAAAACUACAAAGAGAAUAUGAGGAGCAAGUGAGUGCCAAAGUGCCACGUGAUGUUAACAGCCUUCUGCUACAGGCUAAACAAUGGGAGCAGAAUGGAGAGUUCAAAGCAGCGAUUGACUGCUACAUACGCAUUGCCUCUGCAACUAGGGAGAAGCCCAUUGUUGACAGAGUUCUGAAUGAGGCUGCUACUCUAACCAUCACAUAUCUCUGUGAUGAUGAAGCAACACAGACUGCUCGGACUCUUGGUGGCCGGCUGAUUGAAGCCAAAUUGUUUUCCAAGGCUGCUCAAGUUUUCCUUUCUGCAAAUAUGUUUAAAGAAGCCGUUGAUGCUUUCAUUUUGGCUGGAGAAUGGUCUAAUGCCAAGAAGUUGGCCUAUGAGUAUGAACCAAGUCUUGAAUCAUACAUCAAUGCCAAGUACAAGGAGCACGUAAAGCAAGACGGGGGCCACGAGCAGAUGACUGAGCUGGAAAUACUGAUGGGUCAAGGCCAGUGGGCCCAAUGCUUAGAAAAAGCACAACUUGCUGGUGAAGAGACCCUUCAAAAGUACCUCGCUCUCCGUGCUUCGGCACUUCUCAAGGAGCAUGCAGCUUUGGAAGCUCUUGAUUUGUAUGUCAAGUAUGGUGCAUUGCCUUAUCCACAAAAUCUGAACAUUUAUCAGCGAAUAGCCAUUGAAAUCAUUUCGAAGCCAGGCCUGUGUACUAGCAACUUCUAUCCACAAUGGGCAAAACUCCGCAAUAUGCUCUAUAAAUUGGUGGGCUCUUUCAGCAGUGGGAAUGGGAACAGCCCAAUACUUAUGCUCAAUAAGCUAUUCAAAAUUGCACACUACUAUGCUGUAAGAGCAGCUUGUAUGGACGUGGCAAGUUUGGAGCCUAUUGUCAUGAAAGUAUCAAUUGCCCUCCUUCGUUUUUCAGACAUCAUACCUGUUGAUAAAGCUUUUUAUGAAGCGGGAAUUCAUGCUAAGGCUGUUGGAAAAGAAACAGAAGCAGUUGUGUUCUUGAAUCACUUUCUGGAUAUUUGUGAAGCAAUUGAUGAGCAAAAUGUAGAGCUCAUUGACUUUUCAGAUCUGUCGAACACAGAUUUCCCUUUAGAAGUACCAUUGCCAUCAGUCCCGCAUGUUUCACUGCAGGACCAGGAAGAAGUUCGUGAGUGGAUCCUUGCUGUCUUGGUGAAUCAAAAUGUAGAUCAGGUUUUGCCAUGCGAUAACCGAAAUCUUUACGAAUGCUCAUUGAAGAGAAGUAAAACAGACGAGGAUACCUAUCCAGCUUGUGUGAUUACUGGCUGGCCCGUCAUGAGGAAUCCAAAGCUUCAUGGGGGAAGUGCUGCUGCCCUUCGUUCUAACGAGAUAGAGUUCCAGAAACCAGGAUAUUAUGCCAACAAAGAUGACUGGAAUAAAAUUGUCUUGGCAGCUAAAUCUUCUUCAAGAAAGUCAGAUCUUAGUGACAUUAUUAUUUUUAUCACCGAAUGGUGUGGUGACCCACCAGGCUUCUUUUUCCACUGAAAUUACUUUUAAGCAAAAUUGAAUGGAAUGUCUUAGGGCACAAAUUGAAGUUUCGAUAAUCAGGAGGUCCAUGAAUAUAUAAUUUCUUAAAUUUUGAAAUGUUA